AUGGCAUUGAAUUUCUCUCAUCGUCCUAUUUUUCCGGGUGGUAUGGCGGAGGAUAAUUUGGUUUCUCCGAUGAGAAUGGGGAAUGGGUACCGGGUGGAGGGUAUUCCUGAGAUGAGUAGUGGUGGUGGUAGUGGUGGUGAUGGAUUUGGUAAUGGUUGGCGUGAUGUUGAUAAUUGUUUUGAUUAUGGAAAUGAUAGAUGUGAUAGAGGGGGUGUAAGUGUCACUCAGGAAUCUGUUUCGAAUGAUAUUAUUGACCGUUUGCCUACAGAUCCUUUUGGCAUGGGGAUUGGUGAUACCUUCACAGCCAUCACCGGAUGGCUGGAGGAUUUGGAUUUCGAAUAUGGUGGGUAUGGUGGGUGUGGUGGGUAUGGUGGGGAUGAGAUUGGUUCGAGUGGUGAGAAUUACCCUUUGUUUGCUGGGUUAAAUUUCAUUUGGAACAAUGCUGUGAGGUUCCACACGUUUCCCCAGUGGGGAAAUGUGGGCAUUGAGGAGAAUAGAUUUCAAGGCGUGGGUGGAUUCUCUGAGUAUUCUCAGAGAGAAGUUGGAGAAGCUUCCUGCAGCUUUAGUGCUGAAUCUUCUCGUGACAUGGAUGGCGUAAUGGAUUUUGGUUUUGAUUAUAAAGACGUGGCUGUUGCUAGUGUGUCGGGUGACAUGAACAUCAAUGAUGUGAAUUGCCAUGCAGGCGAUGAACACUCUCCUCAUCCAGCUAUAAUCUAUUCUCUCCCUUAUUUGGGUUUGUCUGAUCUUCUCGCUGUUGAGAGAGUAUGUAAAUAUCUGCAUUUUACUGUUCGAACAGAUACACUUCUGUGGAAAAGUAUCCAUGUUGACCAGCCUUUAAAUGAAAGGAUCAAUGAUGAUGUUCUUUUGGAAUUAACCAGUAGGGCUCAAGGUAAACUUGAGUGUCUGAGUUUGGUGGAGUGUUCUAGGAUAACUGAUGAUGGUCUAAGGCGUGUUCUUGAAGUCAAUCCCAAAAUAAUCAAGUUGAGUGUUCCGGGAUGUACAAGACUAAGUAUUGAAGGUAUUGUGGGUAUGUUAAAAGCUUACAAAAACUCUCUGGGUGCACAAGGGGUGAAGCAUUUACACAUAGGCGGCCUUUAUGGUGUUACACCAAAGCAUUUUGAAGAAAUAAAGCUGUUAUUGAGCACUGACAGUCAACAGCAGGAGCAAUCUCAUACUGACUGUCAACUGCAGGGGCAUUCCCCCGCUGACAGUCAACUGAAGAAGCUUUCCAAUAAACCGCAUUUCUAUUGCCGUUGGAAUUUGUAUCUGCCCUGCGAUGAUAAUCGGUCCAUAGACAUUGAACUUUGUCCUCGAUGUGAGAAUUUGAGGCUUGUAUAUGAUUGUCCAGCAGAAGGCUGUCAGGGGGUGGUGGGGCAUGCCUCUCAGGUGUGCCGGGCUUGCACACUUUGCAUUCCUCGAUGUAGUCAGUGUGGCCGGUGCAUCAAUGAUGGCGAGUAUGAAGAAACAUUUUGUCUGGAAUUGCUUUGCUCUCAUUGUUCUCAUCAUUUGUCCAAAUUGCUAGGAAAGACUGAUGGAAAGGUUGGGCUAAUCAGGCCAAGUUCUCCCUAA